AUGGACGAGCAAAUAGCUUAUUGUCCAUGUUUAAGUGUAUGUCCGAAACUUCAAACAAUGGAGGAAGAAGAAGCAUUUAAAAAAGAUUGGAUUGCUGUCGACGGUUUUGCCAGUAAUACUGAACGUCGUCAUCAUAUAAAAAUGCACAAUGUUCGAGUUCAUUGCAAUCUACUAGCAUUGGCCAAACAAAUAAUCGACAAUCGAAAUAAUUCACAUGCAUCCAUGUCAUCUCAUGUUGGUAAUAUUAUUCUCAAGUCACUCAAGCUCAUUCAAUCCUGCGAAGAUUGA